GUUUCAGAUAGGUUUCCUAUGUUUGUAUUUAGUUUGAUACAAUCUAUUUUGCUAAAUAUUUUUAGCUAAGAUUUAAAUGAUAUAUAAAGUUGUUGUUAGCAAACAGACAUUAACAAGCCUACAGCGUUGUUAUUUCUCUGAUACCAUCCCUGAAGAACAUUAUGGAAGAUAUGCACUCAUUCCUGUUAACAGCAAGGACAAGUAUCUUGUCAGAAUAUGCAUUAAUCCUUUACUUCAAGAAAAUGUUUGUAUAUUGGAUAAAACGGUCCAAUAUUUACCUAAAGCGAUGUGGGUUCCUGAAACUGAAACUGUAAUGUACAAAGACAUAGCUAUCCUCAAUUGUAUUAAUUACAUUAAAACGAUGCAUUUAUGUGUAAUAUUCGAAUCAGCUUGGAGAAAAAAGGAAUGGGAAAGCAAAAGUCAUGCUUUGAAAAAAAUAUUAAAACAAAUUUUGCAAAUUUUUGUUCAUGUCAAUAAUGUAAUAAUAGAUGUUGAAAAUUUAAAAUUCCUCAACUCUAUUGGUCUUCACUCUAUUGUUGUUUCCAACAUUGGUAGUAUACCUGCUGGAAAAGUAGUUGAUUCAACUAAAAUCAUAAUUGAUGAAAUCACAUGUUAUGAAAGAUAUUCUCAGCUUCUAGAGAACUGCUUAGAUAUGAAUUUGGCUGGGUUAAAUGGACCUUAUGAAAAACUGAGACAGUAUUUUAUUGCAAUGAAAAAUGCUUUGUCUCAGAACUCUCAUUUGAAUCUCAUUUCGUCAUUGAAGAUUUUAGUUAUUGGUCCUGAUGGUUGUGGUAAAAAAACUUUAAUCAAUAGAUUAGCAUUCGAUUUUAAAGCGACAAUUUUAACAAUAGAUGGGCCUGAGCUUAACAGACCACAACCAGGUGAAACUGAACGCUUAAUAAAAGAAAAAUUUGAUCAUGCCAGAUUGUUAUGCGAAGAAGGACCAUGUAUAAUUUUGUUAUCAAGAAUAGAAUCGUUUUGCUCUAAGCAAGGGCGUAUAUUUUCCCAAUUUAUACACCUUCUCGAUUCUAUUGAUCCAUCAUUGCCAUUAGUUGUAAUUGGAACUACUUCAUCUCCUAAUCUUCUUCACAGGCUGAUUAGAUCUUCCUCCAGAUUCCAUAAUAGGGUUUUUAUUGGUAUACCAAAUGAAGAAGAACGCUGUGAAAUGCUGAGUAAUUUUUGUGGUGAUAUUCUUUCUAAAGAGAAAUUAAAGCAAAUUGCACGAAAGACUCCUGGUUUUGUAAUUGCUGAUUUGAAGCUGCUUGUCAAAAGAGCUAAAUUGAAAGUGAAUAAUCAAAAAGGCAGACAGCAAACAAAUUUUAGUGAAGAAGAAUUAUUUAAUGCCAUAAAUGAAAUGGUCUACCUCAUCGAAGCUAGCUCUAUUAGAGGAGAGCUUGGAGUCGUGAGAUCUCAGAAGCUGGACAUGAAUCAGCUGGGAGGGCUUGUAAGAGUGAAGCAGUUACUAAACCAAUCAAUCCAAUGGCCGCUGUUACAUCCUGAAGCCUUCAAAAGAUUAAAUAUUAAGAAGCCUUCUGGUGUGCUUCUAUAUGGUCCUCCUGGUUGUGCUAAGACUAGCCUUGCCAGAACUCUGGCUAGCAGUUCCAAUAUUACAUUCCUUUCAGUGUCCGCUGCUGAUCUCUUUUCACCUUAUGUAGGAGAUGCUGAAAUAACCAUCACAAACCUUUUUCAAAGGGCAAGAGAUGCAUCGCCUACAAUUUUGUUUGUCGACGAAAUAGAUGCUCUUGUUGGAAGCCGAGAAGGAAAAGAAAAAAGUGCACAAGAAACAAUUCUUUCUACUUUUCUUGUUGAAAUGGAUGGAGUAGGAUAUAAAGGCGAAUCUAGAAUAAUUGAGAACACUGUGGACAGCAGAGUGAUUGUGAUUGGUGCAACAAAUCGUCCAGAUUCUGUCGAUUCAGCUCUACUGAGGCCAGGCAGAUUAGAUAGGCUCAUAUAUGUGCCACCUCCAACACUUGAAGAUCGCUUGGAUAUCUUAAAAGUCGUUACUAAAGUGAUGCCACUUAGUGAUUGUGUCAAGUUACAAGACAUUGCUAUGAAAACUGAUCUCUAUUCUGGUGCUGAUUUGAAUUCACUUUGCCAAGAGGCAGCACUUCAGGCUCUGACUGAGGAUGGUAUGGAUGCUCAAAUAAUAAAGCAAAGCCAUUGGUUAAAAGCUUUGAAAGAAAUUCCUCCAUCACUUACUAAAGAACAAGUUGAGUGGUAUAAUACUUUUUCUUUUUCAUGAAGGAAGUUUUUAAUGAAAUUGACUCAAAACAAUGUGUAAAUAAAAUAUGAAAUAUAUUAUAAAUUUAAACUAUAUUUGUUUAGUGUUUUUAACGUGAGAUUUAGAUAUUUUUAUAUGAAUAUUAGUUUUGAUGUGUUUAAAAUUAC